AUGGCUUCAACUUCGUCGUCCCCUGCGUCAUCUUACCCAGGUCAAGACUCUAAUUCCGACUACUCGGCUUCUUCCCCUUCCUCUUCGACAACGAACUUGAGCUCGGCCAGCUUAAAUCUCAUAAGUCCUCCGCCGCCGCGGUCAAGCUCUUCACCAUCGCCGUACGCGUCCCUCUCUUUCCAGUACAAUCCUUUAAAUAUAAGUAGGAUCACGACACCUGAGCGGAUCAACGAGCGACGGAGUCGAUACGCUGAGCUCGAUCCCCCCCCGAGCACUUCACCGAUCGCGAUGAGCGGAUUUCGUCUGACACCUGAAGCGAUCCAAGCGAGGAGAGAGGCCGAGAUUUCAAGAGCGUUGGACUGGUUAUCGAGUCACCCUGAUAUCAGGUAG